GCCCAGCUGUGGGAGUUUUCGGCUAGCGUCCGGCGGGGAAUUAUCCGAGGAGCCCUAACUUGUAUAAAAGCAGAGUCCAUUUAAAGUUGGGCUGGAUAGCCUUUCUCUCAUUGGUUAGGGGGCUUGGAAAAAAGAGACUCGGCGAGCCCUCGCUGUGGUGCUGCCGCCGCCGCCGCCGCCGCCGCUGGAGUUGACUCUUCUGCUCGCACUGCUGCUGCAGCACAAACGUGACUUCCAACAUUUUUUAUUUAUCUUUCCUUUUUCUUUUCCAAGAUGUAACUACGGAUCAGACACUAAGGACCUUCACGUUUCGCUGAUGUAGUUUUUGGAGGAAAAAGGGGGGGGAGUGAAGGGCGUCGGUUUUUUUUUGUGUGUGUGUGUGUUUCGGGGGAAAUUUUCCAUUAUGAGUGUUUUACUAAAGUGAAAUUUUUUUUUGUUUGCUUCGUCUUUGGCUUUUUUUUUUCUCCUUCCCAAUUUCGGAUUUAUUUCAAGGCGAAUCGGGCUUUGGGGGAAGAGGAAGAAAAGUCGGAUUCCAAGAUCAACCACCACCACCAACAACAAUAAAAACCACCAGGAUAUUUUUUUGCAAAUUUCUGACGGCUUUAAAUUCAUGAAGCAAUUGUCCCCUUUUGCAAUCAGCAUUUGGAUCUCAGAAUGAGCAAGGAAAGACCCAAGAGGAAUAUCAUUCAGAAGAAAUACGUCUGCUGAUGCUGUGGCAUUACUGCGGUGGUGGUCGUGUUCUCUCGUCAACGCUUUUGAAAAGCAGGGAAACUUCAUGCAGGGAAGCUUGGCUUUGAUGACAGUGAUGGGAUUCCAUGGUCAGAAGAAAGGGUGGUACGUAAAGUCCUUUAUUUGUCUCUGAAGGAGUUCAAGAAUGCCCAGAAGAGGCAGCAUGGUGAAGGCAUUGCUGGGAGCCUGAAAGCAGUGAAUGGCCCAGGCUGCAAGCACAAAGGAAGUUUGCUCAAUCCCAGCCGAAUAGUCCCAGCACAACUCCAGUAAAGAUAGUGGAGCCAUUGCUACCCCCUCCAGCUACUCAAAUUUCUGACCUCUCUAAAAGGAAGCCUAAGACAGAAGAUUUUCUUACCUUUCUCUGCCUUCGAGGUUCUCCUGCGCUGCCCAACAGCAUGGUAUAUUUCGGAAGCUCUCAGGACGAGGAGGACGUCGAGGAGGAAGAUGAUGAGACAGAAGACGUCAAAACAGCUACCAACAAUGCUUCAUCUUCAUGUCAGUCAACCCCCAGGAAAGGAAAAACCCACAAGCAUGUUCACAAUGGACAUGUUUUCAAUGGUUCCAGCAGGUCAUCACGGGAGAAGGAACCUGUUCAGAAACACAAAAGCAAAGAGGCCACUCCGGCGAAGGAGAAGCACAGUGAUCCCCGGGCCGACGGCCGGAGGGAGCAGGCUUCCGCGAGCCACCCCCCAGCGGCCCCCUCCGCGGGCUCCUCUGCCAGGGGGCUCCCCGCUCACCACCACCCCCCUCUGCAUCGGUCGGCUCAGGACUUACGGAAACAGGUUUCUAAGGUCGGCGGAGUCACUCGAAUGUCAUCUCUGGGUACAAGUGCAGCCAGUGCCAAAAAGAUGCGCGAAGUCAGACCUUCACCGUCCAAAACUGUGAAGUACACUGCAACGGUGACGAAGGGGACUGUCACAUACACCAAAGCCAAGAGAGAACUGGUCAAGGAAACCAAACCUAAUCACCACAAGCCCAGUUCAGCUGUCAACCACACAAUCUCAGGGAAAACUGAAAGUAGCAAUGCAAAAACCCGAAAACAGGUGCUAUCCCUCGGGGGGGCGUCCAAGUCCACCGGGCACACCGUCAAUGGCCUCAAGGUCAGUGGCAGGUUGAACCCAAAGUCAUGCACUAAGGAGGGGGGGGGCCGGCAGCUGCGGGAGGGUCUGCGGAACUCCAAGCGGAGGCUGGAAGAGGCGCCCCCGGCCGACAAGCCGCAGUCGCCCCCCAAGAAGAUGAAGGGGGCGGCGGGUGCUGCCGAGGGUCCCGGCAGGAAGGCGGCCCCGGCCCCCGCGGAGAAGGCGCCGCCUGGCGGCCACGGGAAGAAGGAGAUGCCCGAGCGGAGCCUGGAGAGGAACCGGCCGAAGCGGGUGACGGCCGGCAAGGGCCCGCCGGGCAGACAAGCACACGGCAAGCCGGACGGCGUCCCCUGUGAAAAUCGUUCUACCUCGCAAUCGGAGCCCCUGCCCCGGCCGCACGAUGCGGCGGCCAAGGCCGAGAAGGGGGCCGGCAGGGCCGGGUGGGCGGCCAUGGACGAGAUCCCCGUCUUGCGGCCGUCGGCCAAGGAGUUCCACGACCCGCUCGUCUACAUCGAGUCGGUGCGCCCUCAGGUGGAGAAGUAUGGCAUGUGCAGGGUGAUCCCGCCCCCGGACUGGCGGCCCGAGUGCAAGCUCAACGACGAGAUGCGCUUCGUCACGCAGAUCCAGCACGUCCACAAGCUGGGCCGGCGCUGGGGCCCCAAUGUGCAGCGGCUGGCCUGCAUCAGGAAGCACCUCAGGUCUCAGGGCAUCGCCAUGGACGAGCUCCCGCUCAUAGGAGGCUGUGAGCUCGACCUGGCCUGCUUUUUCCGGCUGAUAAACGAGAUGGGCGGCAUGCAGCAAGUGACUGACCUCAAAAAAUGGAACAAACUAGCAGACAUGCUGCGCAUCCCCAAAACCGCCCAGGACCGGCUGGCCAAGCUCCAGGAGGCCUACUGCCAGUACCUGCUCUCUUAUGACUCCCUGUCCCCCGAGGAGCACCGGCGCCUGGAGAAGGAGGUGCUGAUGGAGAAGGAGAGCCUGGAGAGGCGCAAGGGGCCCCUGGAGGGCCACACGGAGCAGGACUACAACCGCUUCCACCCGCUGCCCCGCUUCGAGCCCAAGAACGGGCUCAUCAACGGCGUGGCCCACAGGAACGGCUUCCGCAGCAAGCUGAAGGAGGUGGGCCCCGCACAGCUCAAGACGGGGCGGCGGCGACUCUUUGCUCAGGAAAAGGAGGUGGUGAAGGAGGAGGAGGAGGACAAAGGCAUCCUCAGCGACUUCCACAAGUGUAUAUAUAAGGGAAGGUCUGUUUCUUUAACGACUUUUUACCGAACAGCAAGAAAUAUCAUGAACAUGUGCUUCAGCAAGGAGCCCGCACCAGCUGAAAUUGAGCAAGAGUACUGGAGGCUCGUGGAGGAGAAGGACUGCCACGUGGCCGUGCACUGCGGCAAGGUGGACACCAACACCCACGGCAGCGGCUUCCCGGUGGGAAAAUCAGAACCGUUUUCAAGACACGGAUGGAACCUCACCGUCCUCCCCAACAACACGGGCUCCAUCCUGCGUCACCUUGGUGCUGUGCCUGGAGUGACAAUUCCCUGGCUAAAUAUUGGCAUGGUCUUUUCUACCUCAUGCUGGUCUCGAGACCAAAACCACCUUCCCUACAUUGACUACUUACACACUGGUGCUGACUGCAUUUGGUAUUGCAUUCCUGCUGAGGAGGAGAACAAGCUCGAGGACGUGGUGCACACCCUGCUGCAAGCCAAUGGCACCCCCGGCCUGCAGAUGCUCGAGAGCAACGUCAUGAUCUCCCCGGAGGUGCUGUGCAGGGAGGGGAUCGAGGUGCACAGGACAGUGCAGCAGAGCGGCCAGUUCGUCGUCUGCUUCCCGGGAUCCUUUGUGUCCAAAGUGUGUUGCGGCUAUAGCGUCUCUGAGACCGUGCACUUCGCCACCACCCAGUGGACGAGUAUGGGCUUCGAGACGGCCAAGGAGAUGAAGCGUCGCCACAUAGCUAAGCCGUUCUCCAUGGAGAAGUUACUCUACCAGAUCGCACAAGCGGAAGCGAAAAAGGAAAACGGUCCCACUCUCAGUACCAUCUCAGCCCUUCUGGACGAGCUCAGGGACACGGAGUUGCGGCAGCGGCGGCAGCUGUUCGAGGCCGGCCUCCACUCCUCCGCCCGCUACGGCAGCCACGAGGGCAGCAGUGCGGCGCCCGACGGGAAGAAGAAGCCUCGGAAGUGGCUGCAGCUGGAGACCUCGGAGAGGCGGUGUCAGAUCUGUCAGCACCUGUGCUACCUGUCCAUGGUCGUGCAGGAGAACGAGAACGUGGUCUUCUGCCUGGAGUGCGCCCUGCGCCACGUGGAGAAGCAGAAGUCCUGCCGCGGCCUGAAGCUCAUGUACCGCUACGACGAGGAACAAAUUAUCAGCCUGGUCAAUCAGAUCUGUGGCAAGGUAUCUGGUAAAAACGGCAGCAUUGAAAACUGUCUCGGUAAACCCACACCAAAAAGAGGGCCCCGCAAGAGAGCGACGGUGGACGUGCCGCCCUCCCGGCUCGCCGCCUCCUCCUCGUGAAGACGCCAGCACCGGGGGCCGGGGAUAGAUAUUUUUCUGUAAUUAUUAUAUUCUAGUUUGGAGUACUGGCUGUAGGAUACAAGCUGUCUUUGCACUAGCUCUGAAGAAGAUUUUCUUCUGGUUUUAGAGAACUAAUUUUGUUUUAGCAUUAAACUGUUGAACUUUUUUUGUACUUAGAAUACCUAGAUACUGCAGUCAGAUUUUUGAAACUGCCGUAUAUUCACUGUUUUAAAACCCUUGAGGGGCUAUUAAUUUGUAUUGCCCCUUGUGGCUGACAAAAGCCUUUUUGUUUGAUUUUUGUUUGUGUUUUCUUUUGUUUGUUUUUUUGUUUUUUUUCUUUUGUAAUUGUUGGGGGAAAAAAGGCUUUUUAACCCAUUUUUGAAGAGGGUGAAGUUUGGAGAACAAAUUUUAAAACCGUCAGUAAUGUGAGCAGAUUUUUUCUAGAGAGGAAAAGGGAUAGGAGACACACACACACACACACAGACACACACACACACACAAAACUUGAAAGAAAUGGCUUUACUUUGGCUGUCUUUUCUUCUGUCAUGUGCAGGAUGAGUUUGUAAUUGUUAAAACCGGAGAAUCCCCAUUGUGUUUCUUUGGGCGGUUAUGGCAGCUGAAGGUGGACGUUGUUUCCUAACCAUAGGCAAAUGAGGAAGUCGGAGUGACUAGGUUCUCUUUACCAGCACAUCACUAUGCAUCUGUUUAAGGAAAAAAAGGAAAGAGAAGAAAAAGACUGCCUGCCUUGGAGGGGGUCACGUGAGGGAAACCUGUGCCUGAUUUCAUUAGGAAAUCCAUUCUGUUAUUUUUUGGUGCUGUUGGCUACUUUAUCAAAAAACCCUUCAAUAGCAUCCUUAAGAAAAAAAAAAAAAAGGAAAAAAGUGAUUGAAGCCGUUAAGUGCUUCUUUGUCAUGGAUGUGCAAUCUUUCUAACAUUCCAUCUUCAUCUCACAGCUUGUUUUACACCUUCACAGGUCAGCAUUAAUCUUUCUUUUUAAACUCAUUUUGUUGGUGAUCACAUCUAGAGCCACUAGGAGGUCUGCCGUUCUUUUUGAAUGUGAAAAUGCAUCUGCGCUCAUCUGGUCUAUUUUUUUCUCUUCAUGUUGUAACAAAAAGAAAAAAAAAAUCCCGUCCCUUUUGUACAUACGCCUGUAAAUUGUUUUAAAUACUUGAGCCUUUUUCUGGGUGGGGGAGGGGAGGGGGUGAGAAGACGAGAUGAAGAAAAGCCUUACACUUCAGUUUCUUCAUCGGUUGGAUUGGAUGCUUACAGGGUUUUUCUUGUAACAUUUAUAAGUGCUGCUUACAUCACUGAACAACAACAAAAAAAAUAAUAAUGGAGUAGCUGUUGCCCUUCUCCGGUUGUGUGUACAGUAUGUGUGGAAUAAAAAAGGGAAACUGUUUUCACAAGCUGUUCUUUGUUUCAUAAUUGGAUUCACUGAUCCCGCAGCUGCCCGUGUUGCACUGAGCUCGCCGGUGGGGCUGUCAGGAGCGUCCUGUGACACUUUGUCGGUUGUCGUUUGCAGAAGACUGAACUGUGUGUUGGAAUAUUUAACAAUGACAUGAGCAGAGUCGUGUUUUCCAAUGUGCUUGUCCGGUUUUCAUGGCCUUGCUGUGUUCUUGCCCUCUUUUGGACAGUGAACUUCUGCCUACGGCUUACGGUCUGACGUUUAAUUUAUUAGCGCUGCUCUGCACCCCUCCCCUGGGAGGGAAGACUUCAUGUUGUUUAUUGCCAGUUUUUUGUUUACUUUUCAGGUUUGUACUACAAGGUUUAAUAAUAAAAACAAAGUUUUUUGGA